CGCAAAUAUUCCAGGGCUCUCUUAGAGUCACUAUCUCUGCUCAAUAGGGAGGAUGAAGCUACAAGAUCCCUGUGCGGCAUUCUAGCAAUUUACUUGGAGGGCGUGGCACAACGGCAUGCUCGCGAGAUUGAAGGCGGGAGAGCAUCGCUUGCGCUGAAAUACAGGAUAAAUCAUGUGCUGCGACGACACCUCUCAGCGCCUCCGUCUGCAGCAACAUGCGUAUAACAAUCCAAGGAUAACGCCGACGCCGACUGACAACGAUGUUCAAGGUGCGUUCGAGGCUGAAAAUCCUGGACACUCACCCACAGCGACGAUGACACCGACGAUUAUGCCUACGGGUGGCUUGUGUGUCUCGCUACAGCCUCCUCUGUAUACGUGUCAACACAAAUCAACCGCGACGAUAUGCAGGAAUCUACCCUGUGCAAGUCUCCGCGACAGCCGCAUCGCACAGCAGCGCGACAAGGAAGAGCCAAAUGUGACUAGAGGAAGGAGCGAGGAAAGGUGCGUGUACAACGGCAUGAGCCAUUUUCAGCGAAGGGAGAGCCAGGGAAAAAAAUCAGUGGCAAGGAUCGUCCUCUCCCGACGUUAUAACUCGCCCUUCUGCCCGCCGUCACCUUGGAGCGCGCCUGGCAACAUCGCAGCGCUAGCUCCUCUACUGAGCGCACUCGUACUGGCGCAUCACUGUCUCGCCUAUAGAGGUGGCGCGGACCGAAACACGCCGCUUGCGCAGAGCCAACUGACCGCGGGGUUGUGCAUUCCCAUAUCCCUCCAUGACUUUAACCGCGCUCCAAUCCGAUCCUACGCCCAUUGAAGUUGGCUACCCCGGAACUGGACCUCUAACGCUCACCCAUCAUCACAAGCUCACAGACUCUUAUAUGGUCGACGCUACGCUG